GCCAGCUCGUGCCUGUAACUCGAGCGGCGCAGGGGCUGACAAUGCGCGAUAUGAUGUGUGCGCGAUUAUGGCCCUCAACCUCCAGCGCUUCCUCAACUUGACAUUCUUUAUCUUUCUUUCGGUGAUCCUCUUCUUUCUGAUCAUCCUGACUCCCGCCGACGCCAUCUACCAGUGCUACAUCACCCGCCGCCUCACGAACAUCUUUAUCAUCACGGGCGGCUACGUCGUUACAUUCAUUCUCGCCAUCCUCAUCUACGCGACCCGUCUCUAUACCAACCGUACCGUUCUAUCCGGCAUCCCCAAGGCCUGGAUCCCCGUGGAGAAGGAAGAUGUGGGCAAGAGCGUGCGACGCCUGGUGAAGGAGGGCCUAGCCCACAGCGCGAUCAUCGCCUACCAAGCCCGUCCGCGGGACCUGGCCGCCGACGGGGAUGCCUUCGCCAACUACGAGUCGCUGCUGAUCGACCGCGACCACCCGCCCUGGGGUCCCAUCGAACACCCUGGCUGGUCGUCGCCCUCGUGCGCGGACCUGCCGGACCUCCCAUACCGGACCGUGAUCCAGGAACUGCCUCACCUGAUCGAAGCCAAAGCCGUCUCCCUCGCUCCCCCCGACCCGAUCUUCGCCGGGGUGCAUCAGUCCCUCCGCGCGCCGUUCUCCGACGCCGACGAGUCAUUCCCGGACACCCGGGUGGUGGAAGUCCUGCGGCGACCGGUCUCCAUGGGCCUGCGCGCGUACCUGCAGCACCUCGCGUCGCUGGAUGUCGUCCGACCGCCGGAGGUGGGCGCGGAGUUCAUCGCGCGCUACGAACGGGCGCGCUUCUCGUCGCGAGAUCUCCACGAGAACGAGUUUCGGGAGCUGAUGCACGUCUUUGCGGAGCUGCUACGGGGCAUGACGGGGCUGAAUCCACGGGUGCUGGCUGAGCUGCAGGCGGCGGAGGAGGAGGAGGACGGAGCCAGCAGUCAGACGGAGAGCGAGUCCAUCAUCGGGCCCUCGGACGAGGAAGGGGAGACGGAGACCAUCGAUUCGUUUCAGGAUAGUGAGGGAGUGUUGUCCCGCGGGCGCAGCAACAGCCUGCGGCCGUCGAAUGCCUCGUCUUGGGAUGCCCGGUCCGCCGCCAGACAGCACGGGCGCUGGUCGCCUGUCUGGUCGCGGCGGCCGACUACGCGUGGUCGGGCCAUGGAGCCGCCGCGGACGCCAUCGAUGCGCUCGCUUAGGCGACUGCCGUCCAACAGCUCUGGUGGCAGCGUCAUUCAUUUGGUGGAAGCCCGGGGACCGUCGGAUCUGCCUCGCUCGGCCACCCCGGCAGACAGUCCCAAAGCCAGCGACGAGAAUGCCGCCGCCGAAGAAGUCCAGCCCGCCGAGACGCUAUUCCCCAAGGUCGACCCAGCCAUAGACGGCGAGGAGUGCCUGCACGACUGCGCCUCCUGCACGGUGAAGUACCCGGCCAAGUUCGACGUGGACCAGGAGGACAACAUGUACGGGAACAUCAGCGAGUGGGCGACGCACGUGCUCGUCGCGACGGGCAAGACGGACUGGGUGCGCGACGUGGCAGACGAGCCGGGGAGCGUGAUGGAGGCGAUCGAGAAGGGGGGGCUUGUUCCGAGCAAUGGGAAACUCAAACUCUCCGCCUCCAACAUGCCCGUCCCGGACGAAUACCACUACCACGAACCGGGCCAGCAGCCCACCACCGUCCUCUGCCUGCCGAGCUUCACCCUCGUCGACCACGUCACGCCCGCCCUGGCGCCAGAUCUGAUCAAUUACUUCGUCAGCCGCGGCCCGACCACCACCACCCCGCUGACGGGGACCGGCACCGGCACCAGCACUACCGCCCCCUCCCCCGACCUCGAGGAGACAGAUCUCUCGGCCCUGACCCCGCUCCGCGCGCGCCCCUGCCCCCACUCCGCCAUCAUCCUCCUCUGCUCGCACCGCACCCGCGACGCCCGCUGCGGCCAGUCCGCCCCGCUCCUGCGCAAGGAGUUCGAGCGCCACCUGCGCCACCUGAACCUGUACCGCGACCUGGACGACGAGCGGCCCGGCGGCGUGGGCAUCUACUUCAUCAACCACGUCGGCGGGCACAAGUACGCCGCCAAUGUGAUUGUCUAUCGGCGCAGGGAGUGCGGGUGGAACGGAUCUUCUGCUGGCGCUGGCGCACCGGGUGCCACUGCUGAUGCGGCAGCCGAAGGCGCAGCCCAGGGGAUCUGGCUGGCGCGAGUGAAGCCGCAGGACUGCGAGAACAUCAUCCGGUAUACCGUGUUGCAGGGGAAGGUGGUCAAGCCGGCGGAGCAGUUGCGGGGCGGGUUUGAUCGGGGGACGGGGAGGACGAGUUGGUAGCUUUUUUG